AUGGGUUUAUUUGUUCAGUGCUUGUUAUUAUUAGAAAUAACUUUUGAAGAUGAUAAUAAAUUUCAGAAUCUACAAUUGGUUAUGGUUCAAUGGUAUGAUUAUGCUGAUAUUGCAGCUAAAAAAAAGAUAUUAACAGCAAAUACAAAGAUGGAUAAAUGGCACAAAUUAGGAUGCCAAUACAUGAAAUUAUUAGAUUCAUAUGAUAUAAUACCUUUAGAAUCUGUUUUAAGAGCUAUACAUAUAGUCCAAGAUUUUAACAAAGAAAACAGAUAUUUUGUUAAUAAUUAUGUUUAA